UCAGUCAUGUAUCUUCCGAGGGUCCCUGCGCUCGUCUUAAUUCUAUUUGGAUUGUUGCCGUGCAUCGCCGCUGCUCCGAGCAACAGACACUCCAGUUCCAGCUCAUUCGGCGAAGAGGAUAGUCCUCGGCCUAAUGACCGAGAAUGGACCACGUUCCCCUUCUCCAACCCCUUCCUCGGGAUCAUGGCCUCACGUGAAGUCCCGGAUAAGAACAGCCACGUCAUCCAGAAGAGGAAAUGCAACACGGCCACUUGUGUCACCCAAAGACUAGCGGACUUUCUGGUGCGUUCCAGUAACACCAUCGGGACGGUGUACGCGCCGACCAACGUGGGAUCGGCCACCUACGGCAAGAGGGAGCUACUUCUGCCGCCUAACUACUACUUUCCUCUCUAGUACUCGAUAACCAGUAACUGUACAAAAGUGUAUUCUUCAGUUGUUUUCAUGCUUUUCCACAGUGGCAUGAUGUGAAAAUAAAAAGAAUAAAAAACAUAUUUCGAGGUAAAAAUCUGUGGUAAACUUUA